AUGGCGUCCGCACCUGCAGUAAAGGUGCCUGUUUACUCUGGCAAUGACCUCAAAUCAACCACCGAUGACUCCCUUGCGCCGUACUUGACUACUCUUCCCCAACCGUACACCUUCAUCCAGGACCAUUCGAAAACAAACGUCCGAUUCGUACUAGGCUACACUGCCGUCUCCAUCGCCGCAUUCACCUUCUACGCUGAUCGCAAACUGGGAUGGGAAGCGACAACGUCGCCCUGGAUCCUGGCCGCCGUCGCAUCAUACUUCAUCCUGAACACCAUCCUCACAUACUGGGUCUGGGGCGUGGAAUCCGGCGAGAUCUUCCGAGGCAAGCGACAGUCUGGCGAAACGAUCUCCAUCCGCUCAACCAACAAGAAAUUCUCGCCCCUCUAUAAACUCCACAUCCAGUAUACAUCGCCAUCCAACAAGGUUCUGCAGGAGAAGAAGAUUGAGACCUCCUUCACGACUUGGUUCGCCGCCGACGGCACUUUCCAUCCCAAGCCCCUCCAGCAGUGGAUCUCGAGUGAGAUCGAAGUUCUACAGCUUGCGGCGAAGGAGCUGGAGAAGAGAAAGGCUGCGCGUGCUGGGGCUUCUGUGGCGGCUCAGGAAUCUGAGAGCAGCCAGGACGAUAAGGGUGCUAAGAGGAGAAAGUAG